AUGGUCGAGCGCGAGCUGGCCCAGGUGAAUACCUUCACCCAAACCGCGGCCAAGUCCAUCGCGCUGCUCUUUGGCCCGAGCAAGCAGGGCGAGGGCCGGCGUCUGGGCGCCGCGGGCUCCGGCACCGAGGCCAGCCAGGACAAGGAGCUGGUCCUGGCCCGGAAGCGCAUCGCCAUCGCCGUGGACCGGCUGCGCACCAUCCGCCGGCGAAUCGACGACUUUGAACACCGCGGCGAUGCCGCCGGCACGAUGGCCGACCUCCUGCGCCGGGUGGAGUUCCUGAUGGCCGGCCACCGUCUGGCCAGCGGGGCCGCCGCCAGCCCGGACGACUCGUCCAGCAUCCUGAUGGGCGGCUCGGAGGCGCGCAUGCACAUCGACUCGGAGCCCCCGGGCUCCGGGGAUCCGAACGCCGGUGGGCCCCGCGCGAAGACCUUUGUCCAUCGCGCACCGGCCUACUUCGGCACGCUCUCCUGGGAGGAGUGGCAUAGCAAGCGCGUGCAGCGUCUCGUGGUGGACUGGCUGCUGCGCGAAGGAUUCAAGAAGACCGCGUACGCCAUCCUGGAUUACCCGGCCGGCGCGGCCGACGGCGAGGCGGUCCCGGAGACCGAGCCCGCGCGUGGGGACCGUGCCGCUUCCACCCCCCGGCGCAGUGCCCCGGGCCCGGUGGCCGAGGCGGCCGAGGGCAGCCCCCGGUCCUCGGCAUCCUCGGGAUCGGUGCACUCGUCGGAGCACGGGGACACCUCGACCGACAGUCUCAUGGGGUUCCCCGGGCCCGACGAGGGCCGGCGCCUGCUGGAGAGCGCCUGCCUGGAGUCCCUGUGCGAUGUGUCCCUCCUGUCGUCGGUGCGGCAGAUUGAGAAUGACCUGGGGUUCCGGUGCCAGGCCGACAGUGCCCUCCGGUGGUGCGCGGCCAACCGGGCCCGCUUGCGGCGCGUCGGCAGCCGCAUCGAGUUCGACAUCCGGGCAAUGGAGGUCGUGCUCAUGGCCCGCGCGGGCCAGCCCCAGGAGGACAUCCUGGCCUACCUCAAAAGCCAAGUCCUGCCCCUGAUCCAGGCGCUGGCUGGGCCCGCGCCCGGGGCCUCGGCACACGCGGCUGCCGAUGCCCCGGCAUCCGGCUCGGCCACCCUGUCGACCAUCCUCUACCAGGACCUGCGACAUCUCAUGCUCUGCCUCGUCAUGCCGAUGGGGCUCUUUGAUCGGCUUCGAUGGCCAUCUGCCCGGUUCGGCCGGCCCCUUCGGUCGGCCCUGGCCGAUGUAGCCCGACCGGUGUUCCAUCACUCGCUCGAUCUCGGCUGGACGGCCCUCCUGAUGGAGGCCCAGGCGCCGGGCCGGGCCGGCUCGGAUGGGGCCGAGGCCGCUGCGCGCCCGGCCUGGCGUGCCCUGGCUUUGGCUUUCAGCCGCGACGCCAUGGCCUUCUUCUCGCCGUCGGCCUCCGGCCCGGGCGCCGGGGCGGACCCCUCCGAUCCGACGGAUGCCGACGGCGGCCACUCCUUCCUGGGGAUUCUCCUUGGCAAGGAGAACCCCGGCCUCGGGGCGGCGGGCGCCGGCGCCGCCGGCGGUCCCGGCCCCGGCCCCGGUGCAUCGGGCAUCUCCACCUCCGGCGACUACUUCAAGAUGGAUUUCGGCCUGGCGGCCGAGCCGCUGGUGGGCAUGGACGAGUCGGACUCCCUGGAAGACCUGGUCGGCCUGGGCGUGGAUCCGGCCAACGGGGCCAGCCGGGGCCGGGGCCCGGCCGCCGGUGCGGCCUCCGCCCUGGCCGAUGGCCUGCAUGGCCUGGCGCCACUGCCGCCCGGGCUGACCACCGAGGCGCCGGAGCUGCUGGGCGCGGCGGCGGUGGCCGCUUCGGCCGCCGCCGCCGCCGCUUCGGCCGCCGCCGCCGCCGGCUGGAACGGCUCCCACCUGGUGACCAUCCUCCAGGCCGGGGCCAUCUGCCUGCUGUCAGACGAGUGCAUCCUCGGCACGGUGCAGGACCUGCAGGCGCUCCGUGUGGAGCGCUCCCGCGCGGCCCGGCCCGGCCUCGGCAGCCUGCCGCACGCUGGCGGCGGCCAUGCCGGCGAUGGGGCUGCCUGCAGCCGCUUCGGCGAGGGGAGCUGCCCCAUCUGCCGGUCCGACGUGCGCAGCCGCGCCUCCUUCCUCUGUCGGGUGCCGCUGCGCGCGCCGCACGACCAGACCCGUCUCGUCUGUCGGAUCCUCAGCCAGCCGGGCGACCUGGCCAUCUAUCCCGCGCCUUUGGCCACGGAGAAUGCCCUCGGGCCGGAGGAACUGCGCUCGGCCCUGCCCGACAUCUCGGGCGGCGUGGCCGAGGCCGCCGCACGCCCGGUCCCCGGCGAGCUGUCCGGCCGCAUGGUCCCCAUGUCCGAUGACAACCCCCCGAUGAUGCUGCCCAAUGGCUGUGUCUAUUCGCUACGCGCCAUGGCUCUGCAGGCCGCCGCCAGCAAAGAUCGCGCCACGGUCUUCUGCCCGCGCACGCGUCAGAACUUCAAGUUGAACCAGGCCCUGCGCGUGUUCAUCACAUAA